AUGUCUGCCAAAAUAAUAGUCCAAAGGUUUGAGGAAGAGAAUAAUUUUUGGACUUUAUAUGUUACGAUUGGGGAAAACGACAAAAAUGUAGAAGAUAUUCAAUACAGUGCUUGGCAUGUUGGUAAAGCUGAAAUUAAAAAGAAAGAAAAAGAUAAACCUCGACUGGUGAUAAAAAUGGUUUCCGAUGGUAAUUAUAAUAGUUUGAAUUUAGAUGAAUGCUCCAAGGCAGUGGAUUUUGCAGACAAACAUCUGACAGAAAUCCUGAAUAAAAAUAAACAAUGUGACGUAAAAGAUAUUAUAAUUCGUCACAAAAGAAACGAAUGCGAUAGCAGUUUAAGCUUGUACAAGAAGUAUUUCGAAGCCUUAAAUAGACAACCAAGGAUUAACAAUGUUACUCAGAUACAAUGUAAAAUACCACAAUUGUACGCAAGAUAUUUCAAUAACAAAACUGAUGAUGAGACAGAUCCUCUGGAAUACUGUAUAGAAAAAGUUAAGAAGAACAAUGCUUUAAUAAUGGAGAACAUUCAUAUGUUAAAUAGAACUUUAAAUUACACAAAAAAGAAAGAAAUAUUAGACAUAAUCAAUCCGAGACCGUUAAGAUCGUAUCCAUGCAACACAUGCGGAAAGUGUUUCGUUUACGAGACGGGUCUACAGAGACAUUACUCUGUGAGACACUGCAAUCUAGACACACAGCCACGUUGGCAGUUGGUGUGGACAUGCACCAAUUGCUUUCAGGUGUGGCCAAGACAGGAAUUGGCCAUCAAGCAUGCGACGCAGUGCUGCAACUCAAGAAACGCUGACGACGCUGUUCAAGAAAUAAAAACUUCAUCACUUUUACGGUGCGAAUUUUGCGAAAAAGUAUUCACAUGUAUCCCGAGAUUACUGAGUCACACUAACUUCCACUCUGUAACGAAUAACUACAAAUGUAACGCAUGCGAUGUUGUAUUUUCUUGUUACAAAACCGCUGAGCAACAUUGGCUCUCUUGUCUGUGGCUGAAAAUGUGUUACCAAUUUUCGCUGCCAAAGCUGUUGUUGUGCAAUGCUUGUGAUCGGAAAUUUAAAAACUACGAUCAGCUUUACAAUCACAGGUACAAAGUAGGACAUUUUAUACCAAAAACCUUUGAUGAAAACAAUGGUGCCUUCACAUCAACACCUGUCUACCAGUGCGAGGUCUGUGGACAUUGGUUUAGUGCUGUAUCACAACUCUAUGUUCACAGAAGCCAAUAUCAUCCACAGUUUGAUAAUGGAACAUAUAAUAUUGUAAGUUGAUGAAAAAUUACUGAAGGUAGAACUCAUACAUUCGUUCACUCACCCCAAAGUAAGGUAACUAAGUUGUGUUAUUAAGAUAUCUGACUAAAAUACAUAAAUUACUUAUAUAAUAUGAGUAAAUAAGCUCCGCAUUGUGUGUACCAGACAUAUCGCAUCAAAUCUGUUUAAUGCACUACAUAUGAUGCGGAUCUGUUGAUGCCUUUAUGAACAAUAGGAAAAUGAAUUUUAUUAAUUCAGUUAUUUGUGUUCAGCAGGACAUGCCAGCUCAAGAAGAUGCUUAAAGUUGCAAGUUAAAGGAAAAAUGUUUACUUUAUUUAUGUUAAUAAAUUUCAUCAAUUGGAAGUUGAAGUGUGGUUUAAAAAUAAAAAUUAAAUUGAAUUAUGGUUUUUAAUGUUUUUUUGGUAAAUAUAGUUUCAAAAGUUACUUAUUAAAUUUUUUUUUCAAAUUUAAUACAAAUUAUUCUUCUUCACAAAUUGUAAAAUAUAUGACAAAAUGUUUUCUUGCUGCACAUUUUGCAAUUGUGCAUUUUCAUAGCUGCACUUUGGACUUUAUUAUGGUUUCAGUUUCAACCUGAUACCUCUACACAUUCCAGAAAGGUUUAGACAGACAGACAAUAAAGUAAUCUACAAGGGUUUUGUUUGUACAGAACCCCAAAAAACUUUAACCUUUAUAUUACAGUAAUACAAUGCAAAUAAUUUACUUGGCUAGGGAUAUUGUUGAUUCCAGUUUAUAAAUAAUUUUAAUAUUCUGUCAUGUUCUGUUUCUGUCAUGUUCUGUUUGUUUUAGCAUUGAAACUACUGAACCAAUUUGAAAAAUACUCUCACUGUUGGGAAGCUACACUAUCCCCAGUUGCUAUAGGCUAUAUUUUAUCUCUGUAUUCCUACUGCAACAGGAACUAAGAGGGUGAAAUAGUGUGGCAUCUGCUCGUAAUACUAUAAAACCAUGUAAU